CUGUUUAUUAUUAUUAUGAUUCUAAUGAUGACAUGAGUAAUGAUACAUGGUGAUAUUAUUAAUACACAUGCUUAUUCUUUCUCUGUCUCUCUGUCUGCCCUACAGAUGGCUGAAAAAGGUGAACGCUGUAGCAGCAAAGUGUGGGACUACUUCAGCAAAGAUUCCUCUAAUGCAGUGUUCUGCAAUAUAUGUGCAGCUAAUGUAAGCCAGGGGUCUAUCAAAGCGAAGCAGAAAAACACUUCCAAUUUGUGGACUCAUCUGAAAACCAAACACAGUGAGCAAUAUAAAGAGGCACAGCAGGAGAGUGAGGUACAAAAAACUCUUUCUGUUAGAACACAGCAGCCUACCCUGUCACAAGCAUUUGAUAAGGUACUCAAAUGGGGUCCAUCAGAUCCAAGGGCAAAAAACCUGGACAAAAAAGUAAUGGAGAUGAUAGCGACAGACAUCCAAGCUUUUUCUGUGGUGGAAGGUGUGGGGUUUAGAAGGCUGCUGGCUGCUGCAGAGCCUAGGUACACUCUGAAGACAGAAAAGUUUUAUCGCACAGAUAAAUUGCAUCAUGUGCAUGCAAAAGUGGUGAUCAAGAUAAAGGAGCUUUUGGCUGUUGAAAAUGCAAAGCAUAUUGCAUUUACAACAGAUUGUUGGUCAGGGUCCACUGAGUCGCUAAUGAGCUUGACUGCUCACUUCAUCGAUGAAGAAUGGAACAGGGUGCAAGUUGUCCUAAAUGUGAAAGCCAUGAGUGGAUCUCACACUGGUGAGUACAUUGGACAGUUGUUUUUAGACAUGCUUACCGAGUGGGAUAUAGACAGUGAACGUGUGCUGCUGGUGCUCAGGGACAGUGGAGCCAAUGUUGUUAAGGGGAUGAGGUUGGUGGAGAUGCCUGACCUCAGCUGCAGUGCUCACACCCUCCAGCUUGUUGUGAAUGAUGGCCUCCAGGCACAGAGAGCUGUAGGUGACAUCCUGGCCAAACUGAAGAGGUGUGCAACCCAUUUUGGUCAUUCAGUCCCUGCCAAGCAGAGGCUUGAACAAAUUCAGAAGGAUGUUGGUCUAACUGAACACCGCAUUCUCCAGGCAUGCCCAACCAGAUGGAAUUCUACAUUGCAUAUGCUCCAAAGGAUGCAGGAGCAAAAGAGAGCACUGACAGUCUACUCUGGGGACUUUGGACAUUUUACAUGUCCAAGUGUGGAGGAGUGGGACCUGGUUGAAAAGCUGAUCAACACACUGGAACCAAUUGAGGAAAUUACUCUAGAAGUGAGUAAGUCUGAUGCAUCUGCAUCAUGCAUCAUCCCCACCAUUGAGGUUUUGAAAAGAUUUCUGGAGACUCAGGGUCCUGAAACUAGAGGAAUUCAGACUUUGAGGAAGGUCAUGCUCGACAGCUUAACCAGAAGGUUUUCCAAGAUUGCAGAGUCCAAAGAAGCAGUGCUGGCCUGUGUGCUGGAUCCUCGCUACAAACAGCGUCCCCUCUCUGACAGCACAACCAAGAAGGCCAAAACCUGGCUUGAAAAAGAGGCAGACAAACAACAUCAAGCAAGCUCAGCAGCCACUCCUAAGGAUGCCGAGGGAUAUUCAAAGAAACCUAGGAUGGAGAAGUCCCUAGACCAGAAGCAGAGUGUGCUUGACCAUCUCUACGAGGACAUGUUGCAGAGCCAGCAAACAGUGACAGGGGUGUCUGAGAGUCUGAACGAAGAGCUGGAUCGGUAUCUUCAAGAGCCCGUUCUUGAUCGCAAAACAGGUGACCCCCUGCAGUGGUGGAGGCAAAACGCUGGCCGCUUCCAGACUCUGGCUCCAUUGGCCAGGAGGUUUCUCACUCCUUCAUCUGUCCCUAGUGAGAGGGUAUUCAGCACUGUGGGGGCCAUCUAUCAAGAUAGGAGGAGCUCUCUAACAGGUUCCAAGGCAGAGAUGUUGUGCUUCCUGUACUACAACCUGCCACUUCUCAACUGGCAGUACUAA